GCCUCGACCGGCAAGAGCCGAUAAGAGGCGGCGCCCUCCGUCGCGUCUCACGUGGGUCCUGUCUGCGCCGCUGGGCGGAGGCGGGUGGCCCUGGUGGCCCGGACUGCCCGGACAGACCCCUGAAGGUCCGACGCGCGACGCUGCAGUCCCGGCCGCUCCUCCUUUCCUCAGCCCACGCCGAGGAGCCUUGCCCGGCGCCCCAACAUGGCGGGCGGGCACCGCGGCCCGCUGCUGACGGCGCUGCUGGCCGCCUGCGUCUCGGCGGCGGCGGCUACCGCGGGCCCGGAGCAGGCCGCGCUGCCGGCGGAACAGAGCCGGGUCCAGCCCAUGACCGCCUCCAACUGGACGCUGGUAAUGGAGGGCGAGUGGAUGCUAAAAUUUUAUGCUCCAUGGUGUCCAUCCUGCCAGCAGACUGAUUCAGAAUGGGAGACUUUUGCAAAGAAUGGUGAAUCACUUCAAAUCAGUGUAGGGAAGGUAGAUGUCAUUCAGGAACCAGGUUUGAGUGGCCGCUUCUUUGUCACCACUCUACCAGCAUUUUUUCAUGCAAAGGAUGGGAUAUUCCGUCGUUACCGUGGCCCAGGAAUCUUUGAAGACCUGCAGAAUUAUAUCUUAGAGAAGAAAUGGCAAUCAGUGGAGCCUCUGACUGGCUGGAAGUCUCCAGCUUCUCUAACGAUGUCUGGAAUGGCUGGUCUUUUUAGCAUCUCUGGCAAGAUAUGGCAUCUUCACAACUAUUUCACAGUGACCCUUGGAAUUCCUGCUUGGUGUUCUUACGUCUUUUUCGUCAUAGCUACCUUGGUUUUUGGCCUUUUCAUGGGUCUGGUCUUGGUGGUAAUAUCAGAAUGUUUCUAUGUGCCACUUCCAAGGCAUUUAUUGGAACGUUCUGAGCAGAAUCAGUCAGAUGAGGCUCAAAGGGCUGAACAGUUACAGGAUGCAGAGGAGGAGAAAGAUGAUUCAAAUGAAGAAGAAAACAAGGACAGCCUUGUAGAUGACGAGGAAGAGAAAGAAGACCUUGGUGAUGAGGAUGACAUGGAGGAGGAAGAGGAAGAGGACACCCCGGCUUCUGGAGUGGAGGAGGAGAAGUGUGAUGCCAACGACCAGGGACCCCCAAGAGAGGGCAGUGAGGACCAGGGGGAAGUAGACCCAGAGGAGACUGAAGAAGAUAGCAGUGUGCAGCCCUCUUCAGCCGACACCGAGCAGGGGGAGGACUCACUGAGGCAGCGCAAAAGUCAGCGUGCUGAUAAGGGACCGUAGGCUUAGUGACACUGUUUCCAAGAAUACAGCCCAAAAGAAUAUGUCAGCUUCCCUCUGGUCUGCAGUUUAAACCGAACCCUUACUUUUUUCUAAAUAAGCAAGCUUCUCUCAUAAAAAAUUAUCUCUAGUCAUGUGGUCUCGUGGCAGUAAGCCUCACAGAUACCAAGGAGAAGCUUUCAGGUAUAACGACCAUGAUAUGGAAAAACAAACGUGAUGGCUACAUUAGGAUCUGUUUGGGGACUUGGGAUGGAAAUUAAGUUCAUUUACUUGGGGCUAGAGAGUCUUGACCAGAGAGGUAACCUCCAGUGCUCAAAGCCCCUUCACAGGCCUCAUAAAACAAAAGCAAAGCAGCCUUGGCUCUGAGUAUCCUCACUGUGCAACAGGAGUCUUGCUUCCUUUUCUUUUGUUAAGCUUUUAUUUUUGUCAAGUUGUGGGAAAAAUUAAGCACCACCGUGCAUAGACACUUUUAGAGCAGAAAUUGAGAGGGCCCUGGAUUUACUAGUAUAAAAGAACUCUGAAGUCAUCCCAACCCUCUAAAUCUCCUUCAUGAUUUUUUUUCUUACCUUUAAUUUUUUCAUGGUUUUUGCCCUCUGCCUACAGGUUCCCUGCACUCUGUGUAGUUGUUCUUGGUGAGAGGACCUAGCAGCCAGGUUUACAUCAACCACAUUUUCUGACUUCAGGGUUUAGAUAAUCAGUAACUACAAACCCUGAAGUUGUGAUUGCCAAGCAUCUUGAAUGAAGUGUUGUAACCAUGAGAUUCAAAAGGAAGUAGGGAUUUUACAGGACAGAUUUUUAAUGUUUUUUUGUUUUUUUUUUUUUUUGGCCAAAAUGCAGUAAUUUUUUUCCAGAAAGUUUCUUUAGUAAUAUUCUUUUUGAAGCCAGAAGUCCUCUAAGUCUUACCAACACAAGGUAGUCUUGCAAAGACAACUUGAACACUGUGUUAUUUUGUUUCCAUCUCAAGGGCUCUUGAACCACUUUAAUAAUAACUGGAAACCAUUUCUGGUUUUCCUUCAGUGAUGUGCUUUUGGUGAAAGAAUUAAUGAAAGUCAAUGUCUGGAAAUGAAAGAUUUGAUUUUGUUUCCAUUUUCCAUAAUUUUCUAAGACUUUAUAUCUCUGUAAAUCUCUCAGUAUUCAAUCAACUAUAAGUAUCCAGGGAGCCCAGCCCAGUUUGUUUUAAGAAAUCUAUCCAUCUACUUCUCUCUCACCUGAUUUAUGUCUCAGAAUAAAUUCAUGAAAUUAGAUUCCAGGUAUAUUGAAAAUGCCUAAAGUUGAUUCUAUGUCCCUUGGGUCCAGGAAAAAUAAGGAGAAAAAGUAUAUGAAAUUCUAAAAAUUUCUGUCAUCUUUAAAAAGGAACAUGCAGUAUAUUUCUGUCUGGCUGUUUAGAUAACCCUUUCCUUGUGUUAACCAUGAACACGAGGCUAACUAGUAUGGAGAGGUUCUGAAACUCCCUGACCUCCUGUGGUUGAAUGAGGCUAUUGCAAGCCUUGUACCAGGAGGUUAUUCUUCUGAAUCAAUUCUUAGAAACAGUUAUUUUUCACCUUUCCAACUCACUUAACAGUCUCCUUCCUCAGUACAGUGAAGAUUGUUUAGAGUCACCAGUAACUGUACUUUUCAUACAGCAGUGCAGCCUCAAGGUUGAGCACAUCACAGAAUUGAUGGCCUGGGAGAACCUUGACAUGUGCCCAUUUCUGUCCCUUCUGCCAUUGUCAGCCUCUGACAUAUCUUCACUCAAAGUGCCACGGUUCUGGUUAUGACAGUUCCUUCUCCCUGAUACCAGGAAUAUUUUCUGUAUCAGAUCUGAUACCAGGAAUAUUUUCUGUAUCAGAUCUGAUCUGGGCCUUCUCUCCUGUGACUGGAUUUCUUUUUCUUAUAAUCAGGUGAAACGAUGUAAGUUCAAGUUCAGAGGCAUAGAAUCAGAAAGGUUUUAUAGUUUAGCUUUUCUGUAUAAUACUCUCUCCCAAAUUGAAUUUUUUUUAGUGGAGUAUUUGAUUAAAGAAGAUGCAAAACUAGUCUAUCUUGUAUUUUAUAAAUGUCAAGCCAAUUUGCAAUUGGACCCCAAAUAUAAUUAGCAUCCCUAAUCUGAAAAUGUGUAAAGUCCCAGAUGUUCCAAAAUCUGAUAACAUUUAGAGUGCUGUGAUGCCAAAAGUUGAAAAUACCACACCUGACCUCAUGGGACAAGUUGCAGUCAAAACUUUGUUUCAUGUACAUGAUUAUUGCUAUCUUGUAUAAAAUGACCUUUAGGCUGUAAGUGUAUAGGUGUAAGGUGUAUAUGAAACAUAAUUAUUUCAUACUUAGAUUUGGAUCCCAUCCUCAACAUAUCUCAUAUAUAUACAGAUAUUCCACAAUCCAAAAAAAAUAUGAAACAUUUCUAGUCCCAAGCAUUUGAGAUAAGAGAUGCUUGACCUAUAUCUAUUUAUACAAUCACAGAUGGUUAUAUUAUUAUACAAAGGAGUUUACAUGUCUGUCUAUGGGAAUCAUUUUCCCUGAUGUUCCCUUUCAUUCUGGCAAAAGAUUUUUGGUUGUUUUUACCAAAUGGCCUGGUAACUAAACAUCUAAUUUCUUUCCACUUGAAGCAUCUAGAUUUGUUUUCAACCCAAUAAAUAUACAACUAAAGGAAAAAACAUCAGCCUGAAAUAAUUUAAAUUUAAAAUUAGAUCAACAUUUCAAUAAGACUUUGGAGAUUUUUCCUACAGAUAAUAUAUUUAAACUAGAAGUUUAGGACUUAGAAACAUGUUUAUAAUUUUGAAAAAUUUUUUAAAAAUCAUAUUUUUUUUGUAUUGCAAUACCAGAUAUUUAAUGAUAGCAUGGUGUUUUAUGUAAAUUGAAAUUAAGUGAAUGAAGUGAAAGUAACUGGAUUUUGGAAUGGGGAUGUGCAGCAGUUUAUGUAUGAGUAGCUAGAGCAGGUACCUUGCCAUUGAUUAGAGGAAAGUUUAAAAUGUCUCAUUACCUUUUUAUUGAAUUAUUAUUCAUCUCUUGCUAUAUCUGCUAUGCCAACUUGCUUAGAGAUCUCACACUGAAGAGGUCUACUGGCAGUCCCACUUCUUUCUUUUCCUUUUAAAGUACAGUCAUAGGGUGGGGUAGAAGACAGGGUCUGUUGAGUUCAUGGGGUCUUGCACUGCGUGGAUACAUACUUACAUUAUCACGUUGCACAUAGGAGCCCUGUCUGUUAGCCCCAGGCCUUUUUAACUUCAUGAAUUCAGGAUAACUACAGUAGUAAAAAGUAAAUAUGCUUCAAAUGAAUUGGCUUUUGAUAGUGGAGAAAGCCAAAUUUUGACUUUUUAUGGCCAAAACCUUUGUUGAUAGCUAUGAUUUUGCAACAUGGUUUGGAUACAUGUGUGUCCACAGAACUUGAACCUUGUAACACUUUCAGGAUAGAAGAUAAAGAUGUAUUUUAAGGGAAGUGCUUACCAGGUGACUUUUUUUUUUUUUUUACCAAGUCCCUUAGGAUUGGAACUUUUAUGUUGUUUUUACAGAUUGGGAAACAUUAAAGAAUCCAAAGAAAAAUAAAAAAUAAGGGGAAAGUAGGGUAAGCUUUAGAUUUCAGCAUAACAUCUUUGGUGUGAAGUGAGAAAACGGGGGGACUGGUGCUCUGCAGUGUCUAUCAGCUGGUCAUCUAUGGCCUUCACCUCAAUGGCAGAGUGUUCUGUGUAUUUCUGCCAGUAUUAUAAAAGUGUGUGUCGCCUAUCUUGUCAAAUAUACCAACACUUUGGAAAGUAUUCAUGUAAAUAUUUUGUGCCAACAGAAACGUUCCUUCUUGUGUAAUACCUCUUUACCACAGUCCUACACUUUGAUCUUCUUGAGAAGAUUAUAGCUUGACUUGCAAAGCCAAAUGUAGUGUCCAGUCUGAUGAAUCCUGAUGGGGCAGCUUUCUGAACAGCCUUCCUAAAGCAGGAAGUUCACUUAAAAAGGCUUUGAUAUCUUCUGCCCAAGCUAUGACCUUCAGAUGGCUUAUUCUCAGUAAAGGUUAACGUAGACUGACACUCUGUCUGUGUGGCUGUUACAACUUGGAUGUUUCCAAAGUAGUUUAAUCAUAUUUGUUGUUAGCUUUGUGGAAAUACAAUUUUUAUACUAAAUACACUGCUUAUUUGUACUGCCAUGUGUUAUAAGUUUGCUAUUUAUAUUCUUUGUAAUAGUCUUGGUGUUUAGCCCAGUGUAUUUAUUUUUCUCUUUUUGUAUUCUUUGCUUCCUGGAGUAGCAUCUGCAGCAUCUGGAAUGAGCAAUCAAGAUAAUGUGUUUCAAGUAGUACAUUGCCUGAACCACAAUUACUUGAUCACAGUAUUGUACAUAGUAUUGUACAUAAUCCUUGAUCCUAGAUGUUUUUAUUUUAUUGUAAAUUUCCAUCUUCAUCAACACUUAAUGACCAUGUUGAAUAAGUAAAAACAAAGUGGUGUUUGCUUUUCA